AUGAACAUUUGGUCGGGGUCCAUUACCUUGGACCCGAACCGUCAACUUGAAGGGAUUCGCCUUGUCGAUCCGACCUCUCAUUGGCAAUGCGACAUAUCCAAAGACUCAAAACUCGGUCUGCGUACUUUCGUGAAUCCUGCAUUGAUCCCACUCCAUGCUCGCGCGGGCCCCAACCUCGAAUUACACACGGCCAAUCCGGCCGCGUCACAAUGGCUCCAGACGAAGCUCACAGGAGCUAUCUGGCUGAAUGGAGCAGAGAUUGACCUUCAUCAGUCCAUACAGUGCCCUGUUGGCCUGCUGAUCAGUGUCGAGGGUACCCCAGUCAAGAGGACUAGUAGCAACACGACAGACUUCUUGAUAUAUGGCGUGUUGUCCACCGCAUCGUCCUGCGCUCGGCCACCCACCCCGCCGCAUUCAUCUCCCUUUGAAGUCACCGGACAACUAGAUGCGACACCAAGUAAAUCUUUUGAGCUCAGGGUAUACGCAGCGCCGCUCUCGACAACAUUACUCACUCAAGCACAAACCUUCCCGCCCCCGCCGCAAAGCGCAGAAAGUGAACAUGUUUCAACACAAGCCGAAUUUCUCCCGGAUAACCGCUCCCCCAGCCCCAAGCGAAAGCGAGUGGCGUCCUUGUUUGAGGUUGCAGCACAGCACCACCGCCGCGUGCGGCAAAGAGGUGGUGAGGCAGUCUCCCAGCUCAUGGCAUCAUCGCGCCCCUCGUCCUCCUCGCAGAAUCUCCAAUCACUACGCGUAAAGCGCGAGCCCGAAGACGACCCCCCCGGGCUCCCAACACUCGACCAUUUCGCUCUUCGCAGGUCACGGUCUAUAUCUAUCGGUGCCGGGCUCCAACGGCCAGGGAGUAGACUCGGUGCGCGCCCAGUCCCGGUCCCAAGCGCAGACCCUCAAAAGCGCAACCCAACCCCCAACCCCUUCGUGGACCCCAGCGCCCGUCGAACAUCUGGCACCACCCAACUUUCCACCUUGUUAUCUGCUCCGGUCGACGAAAAGCCAGCUACCGCGCCAGGAUCUCCGCCGAAGAACCCGGAAGCCAUCAUCGCCGAAAACAAGAGCCUCAUCACGCGCACUAUCCUCACCUGCAUGCGGCUCUACGGCUUCAACCGCGCCAAUCCACGCUCCUUGGCUUCUGGAAAACCCAGCUUCACUGGGGCAGCUGAUACAGAGCAGGAAAUGAGAAGAACCACGCCCACGCCGGACGCUCUGCGUACAGAAACUCCUGCUCCGGGGGCCUCGACGGACGAGGAGUACGACGAGUUCAAGGCCAUGUACCAUGCGACAUAUAAGGCAGCGGCAUUCGCACUGCGCAAAUAUGCCAAAGAGUCGGCUGCUGGGUCGGGUUCUACGCCUCCCUUGCUGGAGAAGGGCAAGGCUAUGUCCUGCAUUGAUGAGUUGCUACGACUCUUCUGUGAAGAUCACUGA